CUUCAGCUAACUAACACUUGCAAACAUACAAGUAGUUAGGACAAAUAGUAUCAACAGAAUACAAAGCUUACAUAGGCAACUCAACGCAAAAUGUAAACCACAAAUCUAUUGUCCACUGUUUUUAUUCUUCAACCAACCAAAUUGAGCAGAAAAGGAAGGAGAUCAAACAAUGGCGUACACAGCCUCAAAUAUCCAUCUCCAAUCCACAUUCUCCCCACAUACAACCCGUAACUGCGUCUCCACCAACACCCCACCACGACUCACUCUCCGGCCACCAUCAUUUACCCGAAGAGACUGUUUCCUCUUAACCGCAACAACAGCACUAACAGCAGUCAAUUUACCAUCAGCAUUUGCCAAAGACAUCCCACUCUUUGGGCUGCGAAAGAAGAUAGAGAAGGCGGAAGAACAAGCGGAGGAGCUAGUGAAGGAAAGCUUCGAAAAUGUCGAAAAGGGAAUCGAAAACGUCGAGAAAGGGAUUGAAACUGCUGAGAAAGGAGUUGUGGCAGCUGAAAAGCAGUUUGAAAGUGCAGGGAGUUUUGGUGGGUUUGCUCAAGCUGGUGUAGUUGCUGGUGCUGAAGUCUUUGGUGUUGUAAUUGCUACUUCUAUUGUUAAUGGCAUUUUGGGGUCUGAUCCUCAAAAAUCUUGAUUUACUGCAAUAAUUUGCUAGUCAGUUUGCCUUUUAGAUUCGUGAUUCGCUCAAAAUGGUCAAAAAUAGCCUAAAAUCGGCCACAAUACGUUUUUUUCGAUUCGCAAGGCGAUUAGCGAAUCACGUGACACUCGCUGUAAUAUCAUAUUUGUUCAUUCACAAACUUUAGUUUCCAUAUGAUUUGUACUCUGUGUAUUUCAAUUUGUCUGUCAUAUAUUUUAACCAAAAA